AUGGGGCCAGCUGGCCCUGUGUCUGUUGAGCCACCCGGACCUCCGGGAGAAAAGGAAGCCAUGGGGCCAGCUGGGCCUCAGGGAAAGAACGGGCCGCCCGGACCAGUCGGGCCCCGAGGUCUGAAGGGACCCGUCGGGCCGCCUGGUCCAGUUGGGCCCCGAGGGCUGGAGGGACCCGUCGGGCCGCCUGGUCCAACAGGGAUGUCCCAGUAUCCAAUUCCUGCCGGACCGGCUGAACAUGCAGACCGCACGUAUCCGGGUGGAGCAAGCGACCGCCGUGCUUUCUGCAGCUUCAUCCGCUCCCACCGCUACUACUUGGCGGCCGGCAUUGUCGUGAUGCUGGGUCUAGUCGCUGUCGGGCUCACCCCUCUGACAUUCAUCAAUAAAAAGGAAAUAUCGGAACUGACCAUCACCUUUGACGCCUUGAAACGCGACCUGGACAACGAGCGGAACCAGAGUGCCGCCUUGGAGCAGCGUCUUCACGAGAUGAGCAAGACACCAGGCAAGUUGCAAUGA